AUGCAUCAAGCGCCAAAGAUUGAGGACAAAAUGAAGAAUUUCAGCUUGGCACUGUCCAUAAUCAUGCUACUUGUGCUCUUUGUUACAAAUUCUUUCUGGGAGGUUGAAGCCAAGGCUUGCAAGCCUAAUGGAAAAAUUAGAGGCAAAAAACCGCCUCCAAAAAAAUGCAACAAAGAGAAUCACUCUGUUUGUUGCGUCGAAGGCAAGCUAUACCCAACCUACAAUUGUUCAACGCCAGUCACUCAUCAUACCAAGGCAUAUCUCACUCUCAACAGCUUUGAGAAGAAUGGAGACGGUGGAGGUCCAUCUGAAUGUGACAAAAAAUUCCAUUCUGAUGACAUACCAAUCGUGGCACUCUCGACCGGUUGGUUUAACAAGAAAGGUAGGUGUUUCAACAACAUCACCAUUAGCGGUAAUGGACGCAAAGUGAAGGCCAUGGUGGUGGAUGAGUGUGACUCCACGAAAGGUUGCGAUGAAGCCCAUGAUUAUCAACCUCCAUGUAAUAACAACAUUGUUGAUGCUUCGAAGGCUGUCUGGGAAGCCUUGGGUGUGCCUAGUGAUGACCAAGGUGGUCUAGAUAUUACCUGGUCUGAUGCUUAA